UGUCGGCGUAGCCCCUCCCGUCAAAAGAAAAAAACAAACCCUCCAAACCCCAGCGAGUCCGCCGUAGAAGUCGACGCAGCAGCAACCGCCGCCGCCGCAUCCGAUCCCAUGGCGUCCCCGUCCGCGCCGGCGCCGUCGCGGCCGCAGCGCUCGCCGGACGAGGUCGAGGACAUCAUCCUCCGCAAGAUCCUCCUCGUCUCCCUCGCGCCCCCGUCCGCCCCCAACCCCGCCGUGCCCUACCUCGAGCUCACCGCCGCCGAGCUCCUCUCCGAGUCGCGCCCCCUCCUCGCCCUCCGCGACGCCGCCGAGCGCCUCCUCAUCGACCGCCUCUCCCUCCCCGCCGCCUCGCCGCCGCCCUUCCGGUUCCUCGCCGCCGCCUUCGGCCGCGCCGCGGACGAGGCCCGCAAGAUCUCCACGAUCCGCGACCCCGCGCUCCAGGCGCGGCUCAGGGCGUCCAUCGCCCACGUCCGCGGCCUCAUCCUCUCCUACGCGCGCAUCGUCGCGGGGAACCCGGACACCUUCCCGACGCCCCCCAACGCGCCCCACCCCGCCGCCGAGCUGCUCGUCUUCCUGCUCGCGGAGGCCGCCGACCCGCUCGACUCCGCCCCGUCCCCCGGCGCCCCGCCGCCGGGGGGCUUCCUGGACGAGCUCUUCGGGAACGCCGACUAUGACGCCGUCGAGCCGGUGAUGGGCGAGCUGUACGAGCGCCUGAGGCAGAGCGUCGGCAAGGUAUCGGCGCUGGGCGACUUCCAGCGGCCUCUCCGUGUGCUGAAGCGGCUGGUGGGGAUCCCCAACUGCGCCAAGGCUCUGGUGCAGCACCCCAAGUGGAUUCCUAAGAAUCAAAUCAUGCUGAUUGGGGAAGGAAGAACCAUGGAGAUCUGCAGCUUGCUUGGGGCCUUCUUCCAUGUCAGUGCUAUUCCCGAUCGUGAAUUCGCAAGCCAGCCUGAUGUUGGGCAACAGUGCUUCUCUGAUGCAUCUACACGCAGGCCGGCUGAUUUACUGUCAUCAUUCGCAGCAAUACAGAAUGUUAUGAAUAGCUUGCAGGAUGGGCUGAGGGAUGUUCUUCUAGUGCUGCUUAAGAAUUCGGAUACUCGAGAAAAGGUCCUUGAAUAUCUGGCAGCGGUGAUAAACACAAAUGCAGGAAGAUCUGGCAUGCGUGUGGACCCUUUGAAAUGUGCAAGUUCGGGUAUGUUUGUCAAUCUCAGUGCUGUCAUGCUCCGUCUGUGCGAGCCUUUUUUGGAUAAAAUGGAGUCGAUGAAGGGCAAGAUUGAUGUCAAGUACCUCUUCUGCAACAAAAGAGUAGAUUUCAAGAGCUUGACCGCUGUAAAUGCCUCCUCAGAAGAAGUCUCAUCAUGGAUAGAGAGCUGGAGCCAAGAUAAUGCCAGUGGGAAGGCAAAUAAAGAGAAUUUCUCAUUUAUUUGCGAAUGUUUUUUCAUGACGGCAAGGGUACUUAACUUGGGAGUGAUGAAAGCUGUGGCAGAUCUUAAACAUAUCUCUCAGGAACUCGCAAGGUGUGAAGAUGAUUUGGAAGCAAACAAAGCAAUCAGAGAUCAAGGAGGAAGUUCACCACAGCUUGAGCAAGAUAUAACACGCUUGGAGAAGAUAGUUGCAGCCUUAUCCCAAGAACAGUUCUGCUAUGAAUCUCAGAUACUAAGGGACAGUGCUUUUCUUCAGCGUGCACUAUCUUUCUACAGAUUAAUGAUAUUGUGGUCAGUAGACCUAGUUGGGGGAUUUAAGAUGCCUUUGCCAUCAGAAUGCCCCAUGGAAUUUUCCUGCAUACCGGAGCAUUUUCUUGAUGAUGCAAUGGAUUUACUUGCUCUAACCUCUAGAAUUCCAAAAGCUCUGGAGGGCUUCCCAUUGGAUAAUUUUCUCAAUUUCAACAUCAUGUUCAUGGCGAGCUCUUCUUACAUUAAAAAUCCUUACCUGAAAGCAAAGAUGGUUGAAGUUUUGAAAAGCUGGAUGCCACAAAGAAGCGGCUUGAAAUCCACAGCCUCGUUAUUUGAGGGGCACCAACUAUGUCUCGAUUAUCUUGUCAAGAAUCUUCUGAAGCUUUAUGUGGAUAUUGAAUUCACUGGCUCCCAUACACAGUUCUUCGACAAAUUUAAUAUCCGGCACAACAUUGCUGAGCUUCUUGAGUAUUUAUGGGAUGUUCCCAGUCAUCGAAAUGCUUGGAGACAAAUGGCUAAAGAAGAGGAAAAGGGUGUCUACUUGAAUUUUCUGAACUUCCUUAUCAAUGAUAGCAUCUAUCUUCUUGAUGAGAGUUUGAAAAGGAUUCUUGAGCUAAAGGAAAUAGAGGCUGAAAUGGCUAAUACUGUUGCAUGGGAUAGCAGGCCUGCUCAAGAAAGAGAGGAGCGGUUGCGCGCGUUUCAUCAGUCAGAGAAUAUUGCUCGAUUUGAUAUGAAGCUCGCAAAUGAGGAUGUUGGGAUGCUUGCUUUCACGUCAGAACAAAUUCCAGCACCUUUGCUUCUUCCAGAAAUGGUGGAAAGGGUGGCGAGCAUGUUAAAUUACUUCCUCUUGCAGCUUGCUGGUCCCCAGAGGAAAUCCUUGACUGUAAAAGAUCCAGAGAAGUAUGAGUUCAAACCGAAGCAGCUAUUGAAACAGAUUGCUACCAUCUAUGUCCACAUUGCAAGGGGUGAUAAGGAAGCUGUCUUCCCAGCUGCAAUCUCAAAAGACGGAAGGUCAUACAGUGAGCAGUUGUUUGCUAGCGCAACUAAUAUUUUGUGGAAGAUUGGGGUAGACCCCCAAAUCAUACAGGAGUUUAUGCAACUUGCAGGUAAAGCAAAAGCUGCUGCCGCUGAGGCCAUGGACGCUGAGGCUAUCCUUGGGGACAUACCAGACGAAUUUCUUGAUCCGAUCCAGUAUACUCUGAUGAAUGAUCCUGUGAUACUACCAUCGUCGCGGGUCACAGUAGAUCGACCAGUUAUUGUUCGGCAUUUGCUCAGUGACAGUACUGAUCCGUUCAACCGCUCCCAGCUCACUCAAGACAUGUUGAUACCAGAUACAGAUCUCAAGUUGCGCAUUGAAGAAUUUGUCAGGUCCCAGCAGUCGAGGAAGCGGAGGGCUGUCGACACUCAGACCGGGGAGCCUGAUGGUGCUGCUGAUAUGGUGGAGUGAACUGCUAAAAGCUGGGAUGGACAGUAGUUUCAGGCCUGAUCAAUUGUCGGUAAAUGGCGUAGAGUGCUCCCUGCAAAUCUAAGCUUGUACACUUUGUCAUGCAUUGCCUUAUCAUGGACCGUUAGGUUAUGUCAAGUUCACUUGUAUAAACAUUUUAUCAUUUUGUUCAGCGGUUAAUUAUUAAUGGUGUGUGCGUUAAAAAAUGGUAUUUUUCCUUAAAAACAGUCGACUGUUCUCAAUCGGGGCUUGAUUUUCUGAUCGCGCGAUUUGUCUCCAGAUUUGUACAGCCAGCCUUGUUUGUUGGGCCCGCUUGCCUUAUUGGUUUUUGUUUUCAGCCCGUUAUUCUUUGGGCGCCUGUUGUCUUUUACUCUACCUGCAUCCAGGAAGGAGGCCCAUGGAGGCAUCUCUUAUGCAGAACAGAGACAGGGGGAAUGAUGGAGUGGAGCGGCAUUGUCGUUGGAGGUUCAGUUGAGGAAGAAGCAGCUAGAGCUAGCCAGAGUUUGAUCAUUUAGAAAAAUUACUGGAUGUUUGUCUCCCAGGAGCCCAUAGCUGGAAAAGCGGUGGAUGUAUUUUACCGAAAUGGAACUAAAAGAUCUUAAUUAAGGCGAGUCAAUACUACUAUUUUUCUGCUAAUUAUUUGUGCUAGCAACCAUGAAUAUUUGUGAAUGUUCUUGAUGCCAGCUUAAUCCAGUUUUCUUCUUCUACCAUUGAACUUAUCUUCUGAUAUGUUUUCUUCCUCACUUACUUGAACACAAACUAGAUUUUAGGAUCUUUGAGGUGGGCCGUUCGUGUGGACCAGCUCUAGUCAAUCAGUUCAAAUAAAAUGAUGUAGGCUGUCUUACAGAAAAUUUUCUUCAUCUGAAAGAAAGACAAAAAAAUAUUCAAGUCCAUGCUAGUAUUUUUUGUCAAGAUUGUAUAAGCUUUCUUUUGGAUAUUAGUCAUGUACUUCAGUUUAGGAAAAAAUAUGUCCAUUCCUGCAGCCACUAGUCUCACCAUGCCUUUUUUUAUCCCAAUAAGUUGAAAGCUUCAUUUCUACCACUUAUUUUCCUUGUAUGUAACAGUUCAUGGUUCUCGUCCAUUAGAAACAGAGCUGAUCUCUGUGCUAAAGUUAACAAAUUGUGCAUGUUUGAAUAAAAUACUAUUCAGUCUUUUAGGUCGCACCAAUUCGUUUCUUUCGUAGCAACAAGGUGCUAGCUAAUGUUCUAACAUUUUAAUCAUUCAUGUCAAAUAUUUUCAUCUGAUACUUCUAGCUUACUGGUAUUGGUAGCACACCUUUAAUAUAUAAAACGAAUGCCCUGACCAUGAACACCGUGCCAUUACUGAUAGGAUUUAAAAAUGAAUCACUUUCUUUAAUUGUAUACAUAGAUGUGGCAAUGACUUGUUCAAGAAUGUGUUCAUCUCAAUCUUGCUAUAGGCUAAAGACUAAUCUCCCAAUCUUGCACGUCUGCUCUAAAGUUACGCUGUUUAAAUUUGUGCAAGCAGAACUGAUAUAGUGAUAUUAACUUGUUCCUAGUGUGGAAACUUAUCUUGACAUAGGACCAAAAUGAAACAUCCAUCUCCGAUCUCGACAAGUCAUCUGAGCAUAACUGCACUAGUAUUUUACACGAGCACUGCUUAAUUAUACUUGGGGUCGCCUGAAAGCAACCUUUUGUCAACUGCUUAUAAUUUAUUCAGUUACUUAACCUGAUCGCAACGAUUAACCAGUAUGAGAGCUGGCAUGGCACCUGCACUUGUUUUUGUUCUCGGGAACUAAUGAUCUGAUGGGUGUCACAUAGCUUUCAUGAAAGAGCUGGAGUACAUAUAUUUGGUUUACUACCGAAAGCUGGUGCCUCAAGCUCUGCUAGCUACUAUGUUUGUUUAUUCCAAAGGUUGGCUGCUGGGCACUACCAGAACUCCAUUUUGUUAUGAUUUGUUCUAUUAUUUCAUACAUGUUCUUCCACUUGGCUAUUGCAAAAAAUAUGUGUACAACUUGUUCUGUUAUAUGUUUUUCUCACAUCCUUGUUCUCUUACAGCCUACUCCCUCUGUAAGCUAAUAUAAGACCUUUUAGAUGACUACUUUAGUGAUCUAAAAGAUCUUAUACUCCCUCCGUCCCAAAAUAAGUGUCCCAACUUUGUACUAACUUUAGUGCAAAGUUAUACUUGAGUCGAGACACUUAUUUUGGGACGGAGGGAGUAUUAGUUUACAAAGGGAGUACAUGCUAUCUGAUAAGUAGAAUUUCAUGCUGGAGAUUCUGAAGGUUGCCGUGGCAGGAGCUAAAGAUGCCAGACAGUGAACCUCUGUCUUGGUUACCAAGCUGAUGCUUCAUCUUAGAUGUCAUUUAUGCUCAUCAGUUGAGUGUGAGAUGCUACGUUUGGGCAUUGAUUUGGUUCAUGUUUGAACAUUAUUUGUUGCCAUUUCCAUGUUUGGAGCCUUGUUUAAUACGUGAAUGUACUUGCUUCAGUGGUUAGAAUUGGAGCCUGUGUUUAUAUAUGGAUUUAUGUGUCAGCUUGAGAAGCUUGUGCGUGUAUUUGACCAAUUUGUGUCAUGUGAACAGGUUGGGUGUUGACUUGGCUCAUCUCUUGUAUGGACAUUUUUCUGCGGAAUAGAUGUUACAGUUUCAGGCUGGAUCAAUUUUUGGUAAAUGGCGCUAAACUCCUCCCUGCAAAUCUAAGUUGAGCAUACAGCUCAUACACCAUGAAGAAAAAUACUGUGAUGCAUUGCUUAUCAUUGAUUGUUAGGUUAUGGCAAGUCCACUUGUAUAAACAUUUCAUCAUUUUGUUCAGCUGCGAAUUAUUGUUCGUGUCUUAAAAAAAACAUUUUCCCUAAAAAACAGUCGGUUGUUCUUCAGUUUGUGCACACUGCACAGUUGAUUUUCUGAUGGCACGAUUUGUCUCCAGAUUCGUACAGCCAGCUUGUUUAUAUUCUUGGGCCUGCUUGCCUUAUUGAUUUUUGUUUUCAGCAUGUUAUUCUUUGUGAGCCCGUUGUCUUUUCUUUUUUGCCUGCGUCCAGGGAGGAGGCCCUGGAGGCAUCUCUUAUCCAGAGAACAGAGACAGGGAGAACGAUGGGGUGGAGCGGUGGCGAUGUUGGAGGUUUCAGUUGAGGAAGAAGCAGCUAGAUCUAGCCAGGGCUCAAUCAUUUAGAAAGAUUACUGAAUGUUUGUCUCCCAGAUUCAGUUCCCUCUACUGUCAUAUCUCCUUUUGCAAUUUGCUGUAUGCACUUUAUUCACAACAGAAAUAUUUUUUCUUAUCAAUUGAAAAGGAAUCGAUAGCUGGACAAGCAGUGGAUGUAUUUUCCCGAAGUGGAACUAAAAGAUCUUAAUUAAGGCUAUUCACUACUCA